UUAAGUCGGCCAGUGUGGACGUGUCUGUAGGGUUGUGGGUCACCCAUUUUGUGUGCUCCAUCUUUCAGCGGAGCGUAUGGCACGACGAGGCGAGGAGGAAGGCUCCCCUAGUCAGCAUUGGGACCUAGCCUAUUGCCUCUGGCUCGUCGAAAUGAGCCUCCAGCUUACUCGGCAGAUGCAGCGAAUCCUGGCGGCAGACUACAGGCUCACGCAGUUGCACCUCGACGUGUCCUCGACCGAUAGCUCUCCCGCCGCCAGUACCUCCCGGACGGACUUGCCUUCAACGUCUGGCAUCGCGACCACACCCAACCUCAGGCGCAGAGCCAGCAACGGUCCUCCGCCAGUCCGUAGGAGGGAGUCCUACGCGUACCGCGAUUCUUCGGAGUCCUCAUCUUCGGACGACGAGAGCCUGGACUUUAGCACUCACAUGGGCCUGAUGCGUUCGUCAAGCAGACGCUGGGCACCCUCCUCGCCCACCAGCGUGGCCGAGGGGACGAGUGUGCCCGAGGUGCAUGUACUGCCCCCUCAAUCCCCACCACGCCCCUCUGCUCCACCGCCGCCACCACAGGAGAGGCCCAGGUCGCCUCCUUUACCGGUAAUCUUGUCAGCAUGGUCCGUUCCACGCGGUUUGGCAGCCGGUAGCGGAGUGUCAGCGGCUGAAUCUUCGACGUGGGGCUACGGAAGCGGCGCCCCGUACAUGUCUAUGUUGUAUGAUGCUGGAUUGAGACCCAGACUUGGCAGCCAUGAAAUCCUUCCCAACCUCACCCACCGUAUCCAGUGUUGGGACAUGACGACUGCCCAGAUUCCUGACAUAAGUGAUGCCAAAGCCUGCGUGGUGGCGCCACGAUGCAAGAUUCACAACGACGCCAGUGUUGCCCUCGGGGGCGGUCUCGUAGCAGCUCUGCUACCGAACGGGCUCCUGGCAGCUUCUCUAGGAGUGUAUUCCUUGAGGAAAGGUAGCCUCGGACAGCUACUAUACACGUGGUCCUUUGGAACAAAUGCCAUUUCCGUCAGCCUGUCUCCCAUGGCUCGCUACUUGGUCGUGGGCUUCGCUUCUACCCGUGCCCUCUUUCCUUCAGACAGGGAGGUAAAGGUGGUAGCCCAAAUUUUUAAGCUGGGCUCUGCAGAUGUAUGCGCACUCUCUUCUGAGGACGGAAGCAGUGGUCGGGGUCUCUUACAGCACGUAGGCAACAUGAGUCAGCCUGGAGGUACCCAGCCGCCCGUGAGCCUCAACUCAGUCCGCUGGCUUCCGCGGCCCGGAGAAGGGCUCAUUUAUGGGACAAAUCGCGGCACCCUUUGCAUCUGCAGGCCGCAAAAGCCCAUACUAAAGGAAGAUAACGGGAAGAUGCAGAAGAAAUCCGGUCCCACAAGAGACUCCACCAGUCCGUUUGUGAUGCUUACAGACCAGGUGGACCAAGCAGCACGCAAUACCACCAUUCAGGUCCUGUCAACAGCGUCCCAAACCGCAGUACCGCAGACGCAGACGACGGGAACGCAGACGACGCUACGUGGCGCAGGUCACCUCCUGCAGCCAACCAUGGCGGGACCGAGUUCACCGCAGGACGGUUCCACUUCGCAGGCUGCUCCCCUGGCACAGCGGUUCUUCACGUGCUAGCUCAAGUGCUUUUUUUUUCUUUUUUUUCUUUUUUUUAUAGGGACCGAACUUACGACUUGUUGCCAACACUCGUUACCUGUGAUAUGCUAGACGCGGUGUUCCAGCUGCUGCCGUCGCUCCAGCACUCUCUGACAGCUUUUAUAGGUCAUGUAACAUUAAUGUGUAUAGGAAGUUAAGAUAGGCUGCUGGAGCGGCGCGACGACGACUCACGCGUGCGGUUUGCUGGAAUAGUGGUAAUAAAUCGGUGUCAACUCGGACUGAUAAUAGUAUAAAGUCAUUAGUCAAAGAAGACCUUUGAGCGGGAGAGAGAUUGCUUGUGGUGUCCAGUGAAGGGGGUGAUGUUUCCUUCUUUUGCUUAUCUCUCACAUUUUUGUCUCAUCGGCAUGAUGGAGUGUUGAUACAGUGUAUUCGGACUGUACUACAUUGUUCAUCCUGAUUGGUCGUCCUCUGUGUGAUUACAAGAACGAUCUCGACGCUGUAGUCACCAGCAAAGGGGGCAGUCGCAAAACAAGCAUCACAAUCGGCCCUCUGCCCCUAGCGGGCCAGUCAAAAGGGGUAAAUACCUGGACUUGCAUCGUUUGACGCUCUACCCUGCGCAGGUUCACAAUGUCCCAGGCUAAGUAGAUCUUUUCAAAAAUGAAAUUUGUCAGUUGAACCUUAUGUAGAGUGUUGUAAUCAGUGUUUAUUUUACAAAGAGCUCCUGUACCCUUUUAACUUUGAGCCUAAAUUAUUUACCUCGAAGGACACUCUUACGAAGUGUGAAAAAAGUAAAACGAGAGAGAGAGGGCAAAAUUUAAAUAUACAUCAUGCCGUGCCCGUCAGCUGAUUUUUGCCGUUUUUAGUCGUUCAGAAUUGUCUAUGUGAAUUAUGGUUCUUUCCAGUGAAGUAAAUUUUGUGGUCGUUCACCCUCUCAUGGUUGUAAGUUGAUCGAUGCAUCGCCGAUCAGCCGUCAUCCUGUAGGACACAUUUGUGUCCUACCGGGCAUCAUCCUUAUACCAUGAAUACACCUUGUAGGUAAAAUCAUUGAUAUACAAAGUUAUAAUUUUGAUGGUCCAAAAAAAAAAGGAUUAAUGUUGCAUUGAACUUUGUGUGUGCCAUAAUUUUAAUCUGCGGUGGAUGUUAUAACAUUAUGCAACAUGACCCACUUAAUGAGGUGGAGUGCAGUGCAAAAUUUUAUGAAGGAUUCUGAUAGUAUAUUUCUCUCUUUGAUUUUUGCAUAAUUUCAUGAAGUUAUCGAAGUUUGACAGUUAAUCGCAUUGGAUGUGACCUAUAUUGAUUGGUGAUAUGUGGAUAGGGUUGCUGUUCCUUGCAGUGUAUAAGCGUUAUGAGCAGCAGGACUGUACAGUUCCUCUACAUACUUGUCUUGGACAUUAGAUUUUGCGCUAUAAAUAUAGAAAUAAAUGUGCUGGAGUACAAUCA